CUCUCCUCUUUCCUCUCUCUCUCUCUCUCUCUCUCUCUCUCUCUCUCUGUUAGUGCUUUGCUUGAAAUGUACCAACAGCACUCCUAUCAAAUGGGGUUCCUGUGCCUCUAUUCAAUACCUGCUUCUGCUUCUUCUUCUUCUUUUUGCUGAUUCUGAAAUUGUAAGGACCGUUUUUUUUUUUUUUUUUGGGUUUUACCCUCUGAUUUUUGUCCCUUUCUCUUCUUCUUCUUCUAUGAACUAAGGUUUUGCAGCUUCAGUCCUCCAUUUUUUCCAUCUGAGGUUGUUUUUUGGGACUUCUUUUCAUCUGGGCUCGUUUCAUCCUUCUUUUGUUUGCUUCUAUUUGAUAUUCUUUUUGUUCUAUCUAUUGUCUAUGGCCUGUUGUUUGGGGGAAAUUUUUGCUUAUUGUUAUUGUUUCACUGUUCUGUGAUUGAAGGAAGUCCAUGUGGGUGUUUUUCCCCUCUUGUUUUUUGCCCUUUUUAAAGUGGCUAUUCAUCUAUUUUCUUUUUGGUUAAUCCUUUCAGUUUGUUUGACUUGUGCUUCCCAUUUUUGGAUUAAACGUCUCAUAGGCUUUUUGUUCCAACGCUGAAUUGUAGGAAUUGGUGUGAAGGGAUUAGUAAAAACAUCUGUUUGAAAUGGCACCACAAACUGGGUGUUUGAAAGAACAUGAACGAAUUAUUCCUAAUUCACUUGGUCAGUUGUCACCUACUCCUGCUCGUUUAUGGAGUGCUCUUGGGCAAGGUUCUCAAUCAAUCUUUGGAGAUUUUGGUCAAGUGAAGGCUUCAUCAAUUCAACUUGGCAGUAAUGGGAAGGAGUUCAAUGGCACUAAACAAGUUGUUGCUCACGGCUUGGACAAACUGAACACAGCUCCAUUUUCUAUCUAUCCUGGUGACUAUAAGAUUUCGAUGGAUGCACAAAAACCUUCACCAGUGUUUUCCCUGCAAUCACCCCUGACAGAAUAUCACAAUCGUUUUGAGCUCGGAUUUGGCCAGCCCCUGAUAUGUGCAAAUUAUCCUUACAUGGAUCAGCAUUAUGGAAUCCUCUCAGCUUAUGGACCUCAAAUACCAGGCCGGAUUAUGCUGCCAAUGAGCUUAACAUCGGAUGAUGGACCUAUUUAUGUGAAUGCAAAGCAGUAUCAUGGAAUCAUUAGGCGCAGGCAGAUACGUGCUAAGGCAAUGAUGGAGAAUAAACUUGCCCGAACUCGUAAGCCAUAUAUGCACGAAUCACGUCAUCUUCAUGCAAUGCGCCGUCCACGGGGAUCUGGUGGUCGUUUCCUGAACACAAAGAAUCUGAAAAAUGGGAAAUCUUCAAUGGAACCAAAGAAAAUUGAUGAGGUGAACCUUUCUGAUUCAACUGGUUCUCAAUGUUCUGUGGUUCUGCAAUCAGAAAGUGGAACUUUGAACUCCCCAAAUGAAGCAAAAGGGAGGGGAUUUAGUCUCUCGAGUUCUGAGGUAUCGAGCCUAUUCUCGAGGGGACUACAACGAUUUCAAAUCAACCAUCUUGGACCAUCAAUCCCAUCACUUGCAGAGAUCAUUGAUGGAGGAGGACAUGGCAUGGUUCUACCCAAAUGGGUUGCAGCAGCUGACAACUGCUGUGACCUUUGUGUUUGAAGGCGAAGGCAACGGGUUCUUGGUGCAAGUCAUUGCACCAAAACCCUGUCUUUGUUGCGACCAAAUCCAGCUUGCUGUCAUGUUGUCAACGGCAAUUGUCACAGGCUUCGCGAUGAGGAUAGUCCCCGCGUUUGGUUGCAAUGGCAAGUCAUUUUUGGCUCUUAUCAAAGUAGGUGUAGGAUGUCUCUUAUCUCUUUGUUUUGCUUCUCCUAAGUAUGAGAGGUGGCUGAGAGAAUCAAAGGAAUCAUCCAGUCAGAUACGAAGUACGAAGUAAUUGCAGUGCAAUAGACAAAAAGGGUCUGUUCAAGAAUAAGAGCAUCAAGAGUACGAAUUCUGCGCUGCGUUUAUUUGUGACCAUGAAAGUAGAACAAGAAGAAUGUUCAUUAAGUGUAGUGUUUGGUUAUCCAAAAUCAGACAUUCUGAAGCAAUUUGUACUGAACAAAGAUGCUUGGCUUGUGGGUUUGUUUAAGGACAACUGUUCGUGUUUGUCUUUCAGUCUGUGUGUAAUAAAAAAUAUGACUGUGAUAUCAUCCGUAUUGUUUCCAUAUUAGCACAAUGCAACAUUUCUCUUACUUGACCA